GGCAACAGAUCGUUUUGGAUCACUCAAAUCCUUCAAUUCAACUGGAAAGCUGCAGCUUGUUGCGCGCCCGCCGCAUAUGGAGAGGGGAGCCUUAGGUCCAGAAAGCGCACAAACCAACAGCAGGGCAGGCGAAAGUGGCUGAUGGUGUGACAGUUCCCAGAGUCAAAGAAAGAGAGGGACAGAAACCACAACACUGCAACUUGGAUAUCAGCAACCGCUCUCUCUCCCUCUCCCUCUCUCUCUCUCUCUCUCUCGCUCUCUCUCUCUCUCUCUCUUUGACGCACCAAAUCGACUUUGAACCUGUUUGUUUAAAUACACGGACUUUACUGCCUGCACACUUACUGUUGAUUCUGUAAGGCGGAGGGAACGAAGUUUCUCAAUUUGGGUCAAAUUUUUGGAGCCGCUACAAAGUUUUGUUUUUUUUUUUUUUUCUUGGUGUCUUCAUGGUGCCCGGAGGUGCCCGACGCACUCCAUGAGCUUCUCCGGGUCCGAGUUUAUCGGACGUGAUGCUGCGAAUGUCACGGACGAUGGAAUCGAUAACUGAACCGGGGAGGUACUGAAGACAUCUCUCUCUCUCCCCCCACGGGAGAGUCCUCCCUCCCCCCGGGGCGAUGCGGAUCUCUUUCCUCUUCCUCACCGCCUCUCUGUGUGCCUUGGUCCUCCUCUUCGCACCUGCCUCGGAGGGCUGCGGACCGGGGAGGGCGUACGGCAAGAGGCGGCCUCCGAAGAAGCUUAUUCCGCUGGCGUACAAACAGUUCAGCCCCAACGUGGCCGAGAAGACACUGGGGGCCAGCGGAAGACCCGAGGGCAAAAUAACCCGCAACUCCGAACGCUUUAAAGAACUCACCCCGAAUUACAACACAGAUAUCAUCUUUAAGGAUGAGGAGGAUACGGGUGCCGACAGGCUCAUGACCCAGCGUUGUAAAGACAAGUUAAACUCUCUGGCCAUUUCUGUGAUGAACAUGUGGCCUGGUGUGAAGCUGAGGGUGACAGAGGGCUGGGAUGAGGACGGUCAUCACUCAGAGGACUCACUGCACUACGAGGGCCGGGCUGUGGACAUCACCACCUCAGACAGGGACAGAAAUAAGUAUGGCAUGUUAGCCCGACUGGCAGUAGAAGCUGGAUUUGACUGGGUCUACUAUGAGUCUAAAGCCCAUAUUCAUUGCAGUGUUAAAUCAGAACAUUCUGUAGCAGCCAAGACUGGUGGCUGUUUUCCUGCCAAUGCUGAGGUGAUUCUGAAGAGCGGGGCGACUAAACAGAUGCAAGACCUUCUCCCUGGUGACCUGGUCUUGGCCUCCUCAACAACAGACGUCCAGGGCCCUCUUCUCUACAGCCCAGUUGUGUCCUUUCUGGAUCGCCAGCCCAAUGCAACAAAGAUCUUCUACGUCAUUGGCACCGACACAGGACUUAAUAUAACACUCACAGCAGCACACCUGAUCUUUGUGUCCGAAUGUCCUGGUGUGUUGAACGACUCUCGGUGGGAAAAGACAGCUGAAGGGCCACUUUUUGUUUCGCUAUGGGAGGAAAGGCCUAGCUGGGAAACAGGUCUGAGGACAGUUUUUGCCAGUGAGGUCCAACCAGGACAGUGUGUACUCACAACACAAGGCAGAGCAGGGUCAAAGCCAAAGUUGUCAGUCGUGACCUUUGUGGAGGUGCAGAGUAGUACUGGUUUGUAUGCACCGUUAACGCAGCAUGGCUCAAUAGUGGUGAACGGUGUGUUAGCGUCCUGCUAUGCUGCUGUGAACAAACACAAUCUCGCUCACUGGACCUUGGCCCCACUCAGAUUCUUCUACCGCUUCAUGGUACCUUCAGAGCCACAGACUGAUGGGUUGCACUGGUACCCGAGGCUCCUACAGUGGUUGGGGCAAAUGCUACUGGAUGCUGGACACUUCCACCCCUGGGGGAUUGAGCACGGGCAGACAUAGGAGCGACAGAGACAGGUUUUACACUGAUUGCUUCAUUCAGUUUUCUGUAUUCAGGAGCGCCAAAGCACAGAUCAAGCUGCGCACUUAAGGGACUACCAAAGACUGCUGAUUUUGUUAUGUAUGUGUUGUUUUGCAAACUACUUGCCUGUAUUUGCUGUACUUCAGAAAGUCCUUUUUGAAUCACAUGUACAAAUUGUGUGAAAGACAAAGACUGAGAUUUCUUUUAUACUUUGGUAAAUUCAAUCACAUUAAUGGAAGCAGAUUUAGAAGAUCACAGAGACUAAGACGUGACAGAGACAGCUUUGUUCUUGGAAAACUCUCCGAUCUGAGUGCCAACAAAAGCACUCACAAACAUCUCCCUUCUACUCACUAUAUUCAGCAGAUUCUACAAUGAAAGUAAAUGUGAACUGUCAAAUUAAACUAAACCAAUGUGUUUCACUCACUUUGUAAGUUUAAGUUAAGACAAAGAGAAAGGGCUGAGUCUCACAGUAAUAUCUCAAAGUGACAAUCAGGUUUGAUCAUUCAUUUAGACUGUGUUCAAUGAUAAAUAUUAUAUGGAGGCAUUUGAAACAUGAACGUUGUCUUCAGAAACCAAGGGUAAGAUGAAAACACAAAGGGAACAUUUGAUGAGAAAGAAGAGAAACAGUGUGAAUAAAAGACGGUUACUGAACAAAAUUCUACAUUUAUGUACAUAGAUAUUUAUAUGGUUAAGUAAUGUUAAGAAAAAUUAACAGAAGAAUUUUGUUUACUUACAGAAUUAUUGCAGAAAGUACAGUGAUUCUGUUGUUUUCCCUGUAGAGCCUAUACUGUAUAUUAGAACUGAUCUACAAAAUUAAUGAUAAACUGU